GGUACACCCUGCUCAAAGGAUGGUGUCAAUUUACCUCCUGGUGCUCCCCCACCUCCUCGUACUUCUGCUAUGAAAGGUGAUUGGACACCAUUCAGUGAUCGUGUUGAAUUUGAAACUGCCGAAUUUCUAUUCAAGCGCGAACAGAUGUCUCAGGGAAACAUCAACGACCUCAUGGACAUAUGGGCUGCAUCAUUAUUGCCUUACGGUGGGAACCCUCCAUUUGCAAGUGCCUCUGACAUGCACUCUGUUAUCGACACUAUCCAGCAUGGAAAUGCACCUUGGCAGUCAUUUUCUGCCAAGUACAUGGGCGAGCUUCCGCACGACACUCAGCCGCCAUCAUGGAAGACUGCCGAAUAUCAAAUUUGGUGCCGAGAUCCACGUACCGUCGCACGCAAUAUGCUCGCAAAUUCCGACUUUGAGGGUGAAUUUGACUAUAGCCCCUACCGGGAGUUUGUCGACAACGAGCGACGCUUUUCGAAUCUGAUGUCUGCCAACUGGGCAUGGAAGCAAGCGGAUGUCAUUGCGCAAGAUCCGACAACACACGGCGCGAUGUUUGUCCCUCUCAUUCUUGGGAGCGACAAAACAACGGUUUCUGUUGCAACUGGCCAUAACGAGUACUGGCCGCUAUACAUGUCCAUCGGUAAUGUGUUCAACAAUGUGCGGCGUGCACACCGUAACGCGAUUGCUGUGAUUGGCUUUCUAGCCAUCCCUAAAAGUGAACGGCAGUACGGAAACAGUGCCCACUUCCGCAAAUUUCGUCGUCAACUCUUCCACGCAAGUCUCUCUACUAUAUUGAGCCCGUUACGUGCUGCCAUGUCAGUUCCGGAAGUCACGCGCUGCCCUGACGGACAUUUCAGGCGGGUGAUAUACGGUCUAGGUCCGUAUAUUGCAGAUUAUCCGGAACAAACACUCGCUGGGUGCAUUGUUCAGGGCUGGUGCGUAACCUGCUCUGCGCACAGGUCUGCUCUCGGAGAUGGCGGAACCCAUGGUCUGCGCACACGCGAGCACACACAAGCAUUAGUUGCCGCGCUGGACUUGGUCACCCUGUGGGAGGAUUACGGGAUUCCAUUCACCAAUGAUUUCCCGCGCGCCGAUAUCAAUCAGCUCAUGACCCCCGACCUUUUGCAUCAAAUUAUCAAGGGAACUUUCUAUGACCAUCUGGUGACGUGGGUGCAUGAAUAUUUGGUGCUCGAGCAUGGAGAGAGUGAGGCCAAGAAGAUUCUUGACGAGAUCGACCGCCGG